AUGCUAUGGUGUUCUCAUUUGGUCAUACGAAUUCAUCCCCCGUGUCAGCACCACGGGCACGCGCACCGAGGGAGUGACGUGUACUGGCAGUAUGACCACCUUCUGAAGAUAGGAAGCAAAACUCCUGAACAGGUGAUAAAACUGUUGAGUGAUAUAAGCAAGGAGAGGAGAUGUGACGCGGAGGUGGUGAAGACGAUCACCAACCAUGUGUACGAUUUUUGUGAAGAUUUCUUCCCCCCACAGCUGGUUAAGAUAUUAGAAAUUUACACCAAGUUAAAAUACUCCAAUGAGACCCUACUUGGAGUUGUGUGCAACAGAGUGAACGACCUAUUUAACAUCAGGUCUUGUCUAAGAGUAAAACUAUUGACCAACGUUUACAAGCAAUUAAAUUUGCAUCACCCAGUUGUCAAAUCACCACUCAUGUCACAACUGAAUAAUAACAUAAAUGAUUACAAAAACGAGUUAGUCUCCAUAGUUAAAAAUUUGUCCUACUUAUACGUAGAUGCAGAUACCUCUGCUAAUAUUAUGAACAGAAUUGUAACCAAUUACGAUUAUUAUGAUAAGGAUGGGUUCACAAUACUUGAGGCUUGUAGCAGAUUGGAUACCCCCCAUGAGGUAUUGAUCGAGUUGGUGAACAAGAAGGUCAAGCAAUUGCAUACAGAUGGAAGCAGCUGCAAUUUCAAAAACUUUGUAAAAUUUUUAAGUGCAUAUAAAAGAUUAGGGUUAAAAGAAAAUACAUAUAUACAUUCCCAAUUUGAAAAAAAAAUUAAUAAAAUAAAAUUAUUGCCUCCAGAAAAUAUCUCCUAUGUACUCCUCUUAUUAUUGUCAUCUAAACUUAGACAUGAGGGAUUAUUCGACUUGGUUAUUAUCAACAUAGAAAAUUUUGUGAAUAACAAAAAUGAACACUUAUCUUUGGAAGAGAAAAACUUGUAUGUCUCUCAUCAGGGGGGAAAGUACGAUGGGGGGAUUAGCAAGGAGGAAGAACUCCUUCAACCAUCGGGUGAAAAACACAUGAAGGAAUACUCUCAUAAGAAGUAUAUCUCUCGGAAGAUUUACAAUCCGUACAUUCUUCAUUUUUUACCUUUCCACCUGCUGCUCCUCACUCUGCUAAAUUAUGGAGAGAAAAAUACACUCAAGCAUCUGCUGAAUGUGUGCGUCCUGGAUUACUUACCUUUGUAUGACACUUCGUGUUUAAUUCAGCUUCUCUAUGUGUGCACACUGCUCACCAUGGAGGGAGAAGGGACAAGUAAAAGCGUGCACACAACUGAGCUGGAACAAAUUGCACAAGAAAUUUUCGUAGCUCUUCAGUAUGUAUAUAAAAACGCCACAAUCAACGAGAUGAAAAUUUUAUAUGACUGUUUUUUAUAUCAUCAAAAGAUUGUAGAAAAAAAUUCCAAAUUGAUCAAGUUAUACGAUGAUCUGUUACACACUGAAUGUCUGUCCCUUUUGCCAUCCUCUCAUGAUAAUUUAAAUUUUGAAAAUUUGAAAAUUAUCAGAUGUGCUAGUUCGUCUUACUUACAGGGGAAGACUGACAAUACGAUUUAUUUUUACCUCAACCGGAAUGAUUUUUUUUCUUCCGAUGUGUGUGGCUACGACGACUUGCUGCUCAGCGUCAAGUUGCGCGAGAACAUUCUGCGCAGGCAGUACGGGGGGGCCCACACUGUGCAAAUGGUUUACCCGGGGGGCGCGGCUGGGCGUGGCCUCACAUCCCAUGGGUAG